AUGACGAUGAGUCUCUCUUCUUCGGCGUUUGCAAUCUCAGCCUCCUCCUCCUUCAAAGCUAGAAAUUCUAAAACCUCUCUUACUUUCAACAUCCAAAACCCUUUGCGUAGCAGUCCUUCUUAUCGACCGCUGUCCAGGAAGUUGUAUCCAGUCAAAGCAGCACUUCUGCAAGAAAACGAAGAAGAAGUUGUCGUAGAAAAAUCAUUUCAGACAAAAAGUUUUCCAGGAAACGAGGUUGAAGAAGUAGGGGAAUCACGUGUGAAUUCAUCAUCUAAUGGUUUGGAGAGAUGGGUGAUCAAGGUUGAACAAUCUGUGAAUAUCUUCCUCACGGAUUCAGUUAUAAAGCUACUUGAUACUUUGUACCAUGACAGAGAUUAUGCCAGAUUCUUUGUGUUGGAAACCAUUGCAAGAGUUCCCUAUUUCGCUUUUAUAUCUGUCCUGCACAUGUACGAGAGUUUUGGUUGGUGGAGAAGAGCAGACUAUCUAAAAGUGCAUUUUGCUGAGAGCUGGAAUGAGAUGCACCACCUGCUUAUCAUGGAAGAAUUGGGGGGGAAUUCUUGGUGGUUUGACCGCUUUCUUGCUCAACAUAUUGCAAUCUUUUAUUACAUUAUGACAGUUUUAAUGUAUGCAUUAAGCCCCAGGAUGGCAUAUCACUUUUCUGAAUGUGUAGAGAGCCAUGCAUUUGAAACUUAUGACAAAUUUAUAAGGGCCCGAGGAGAGGAGUUGAAAAAAAAGCCUGCUCCUGAGGUUGCUAUAAAGUACUAUACUGGAGGUGACUUGUAUUUGUUUGAUGAAUUUCAAACUGAUAGAGCUCCCUGUUCACGAAGACCAAAAAUAGAUAAUUUGUAUGACGUGUUUUUGAACAUCAGAGAUGAUGAAGCUGAACAUUGUAAGACAAUGAAGGCCUGUCAGACUCAUGGAAACCUUCGCUCUCCUCAUUCAUUUUCAGAAGAUGGCUUUGAAGACAUGCCUGGCUGUAUGAUUUCAGAAGCAGAUUGUGAAGGUAUUGUAGACUGUAUGAAGAAAUCAUUUACGUCAACUAAAGUAAAACAAAACGGAGACAUUUGAGAGAAAUAGAUGAGUUUAACUUGUGAAUCUACAAAUAUGUAUACACAAAGAAAAUUACAUAGCUCCAAUACGUGCCUUUGAUUAGUAAACGAAGUGUUAUAUUUCUUACCUUCAUGCAAUUUGGAAAAUUUUCCCUGCUUAACAGAAAAGUAUCCUGUUGAACAUGAUUGAAGCCUGUGUGGCAAAAAUAACAAUAGGUUGAUGGUGAUUUCGUUUCUAUCUAACGAAUUAAAGCCUCCACGAUCGCUGAAAUGCCAUGCAUGUAGCAUGACCUUGAACAUGACAACAUGCUGGUCGGUGGGGAGACACCGGUACCAGCAUGCCUUUAAUGCGGUACUAAAAUUUGAAUUGUGAUCCUUAGGCUGCCACACC